GGAGGAAAUGUGAAUACUUCAUAUUACGGAAGCAGCUGGUUUUAAGGCGGGUGCAGUCUUAAUUGACGGAAUUAGGAUGGUAUUUUCAGGGUGGGGAUGUGAUUAUAGUAGGAUCCUAAUGGGUCAGGCGGUAAACAGUACAGAGCGUGAGAAAUUAAAGGAUUAUUCCCGGGCAGGCUAUCCGGGAUGUUUACACCGCAGUUGCACUAAAGAAAGCAGAGAACAAUGAGGCUCGCCUGCUGCCUCUUUGUGAUCGAUGAUCGUCGGCGGGGUCCUUUCACUCGGUCUUGCUGUAUUCUAAUCUUGUAGGAAGAGAAUGACUCAUUGGUUUCAUCGAAACCCUUUAAAGGCUACAGCUCCUGUCCCAUUCAAUUACUAUGGAGUGGCCACAACUCCGGCUGCAACAAAAAUCUGCAAUGAUUUAAGGUUAUCAAGAGCACGACUCCUGGAACUUUUUACUGAUUUGAGUUGUAAUCCGGAUAUGAUGAAAAAUGCAACUGAUUCCUAUUUUUCACUCUUGGAAGGCUUUAUAGUUGCGCUGGAUAACUCUUCACAGGAUAGCAAACUGAGAUACAUUCAGAAUUUUAAAUGGACAGACACGUUGCAAGGACAAGUACCAAGUGCCCAGCAAGAUGCUGUGUUUGAAUUAGUUUCUAUGGGAUUUAAUGUGGCCUUGUGGUAUACUAAAUAUGCAUCAAGAUUAGCUGGGAAAGAAGACAUAACAGAAGAUGAAGCAAAAGAUGUCCAUCGAAGUAUGAAAAUAGCAGCUGGGAUUUUCAAACAUUUAAAGGAAAGCCAUAUCCCUAAAUUGAUCACUCCUGUAGAAAAGGGAAGAGAUUUAGAAGCUCGACUAAUAGAUUCCUAUAUUAUCCAAUGUCAAGCUGAAGCACAAGAAGUGACAAUUGCCCGGGCUAUUGAGCUGAAACACAAUCCUGGUCUAAUAGCUGCUCUGGCUUAUGAAACAGCCAGUUUCUACCAAAGAGCAGAUCAAAUGUUAUCUAGUCUGGAUCCAGCAUAUUCAAUGAAGUGGCGAAAAUACCUUCAGUUGAAGUCAUGUUUCUAUAUGGCUUAUGCCUAUUGCUAUCAUGGUCAGACCCUCUUGGCCAGUGAUAAAUGUGGAGAAUCUAUUAGGUCUCUACAAGAAGCAGAAAAAUUUUAUGCCAAGGCAGAAAUAUUGUGCAAAGAAUAUGGGGAAACCAAAGGGCCAGGGACUACAGCAAAGCCUUCUGGACAUCUCUUCUUUAGGAAAUUAGGAACUCUGGUGAAAAAUACCUUAGAAAAAUCUCAGCGAGAAAAUGGAUUCAUUUACUUCCAAAAGAUUCCUCCAGAGGCUCCCCAGCUUGAGCUGAAAGCAAACUAUGGUCUAGUUGAGCCUAUUGCUUUUGAAUUUCCGGCUGUGCAUGCCCAGUGGUCCCCAGAAAGCCUUGCCGCAUUUGAUCUCACCAAAAGGCCAAAGGAGGACAGUGCUAAACCAAAGCCAGAGGAAGAAGUGAAACCUCUGAAAGAACCAGAUAUAAAGCCUCAAAAAGACACCGGGUGCCAGAUCUCAUAAGAUCCUCAAAUGCGAUGAAAUACUCCUUGUGAACUGCCUUCUGUAAACGUUAGGGUUAUUAUUGCCUAUCCUCUGUGCUGGUUCUUCUGGCUGCCUUUACUGUAAAAACAAAUGCACUCCUUUUCAACUUGUGUAUAUAUUUCUUUCAUUGGCUGGGUUGAAUGGCUUUGUU